AUGGUGUCGCUGAAGUUGCAGAAACGGCUCGCCGGGAGCCUGCUCAAGUGCGGGAAGGGGAAGGUCUGGAUCGAUCCCAGAGAGGUCAAUGAGAUCUCUAUGGCGAACUCCAGUGAGCUCCUCGUGCCGGAACUUCUCGCCUCAUUUGUUCGAAUCGCCGCGUUCUCUGCAUGAGCUUACUUCCCCUUGUUGCUUCAUUUGAUAAUAUGGAGACUCGAUAUUUUUUCGCUCCCAGCGACUGUCUCCAUUCUUUUUUCAUGUUCUGAGGGCGUAUGGCUUGUUUCUCACCGGUGAAGGUUGUGAUUGUAUUUCAUGGACGGUAAUCCCGAGUUUGAGGUGCCUAUCGAUAUCUCUGUGACCCCAUUUGGCCGAUCAGGGACUGUGACAGUCGCUCUGACCACCGCGUGACAGGGACUUUAUGGCGUUCAUAAACAGCUUGACCACCCGUUUUGUGAUGUAUCUACUCUACCAUUUUGUGACGUAUAUCUCAUAAAAUAACUCUAUGAACUCUUUUGUGUCUUCAAAGCCUAUCAGUAAUAAGUCAGACCCUAUGAUUUAGUCUUUUACUACUGCAACCCUCUCUCCCUCUCUCUCUCUCUCUCUCGCUCUCUCUCCCCCCUUCUCACUCGCUCGCUCACUCACUCACACGCACAGUUAUUGUUUUGCUCUAGUUGUUGUUGCGUGUCGUGGAGGUUACUGGGUCAUUUUUGCGUUUUUUCUUCCCUCUUCUUCUUUUCUGUUUUCGUAUGCUUGAAUAUAUGUGAACCAUUUUCAAUUGUUUCUGACGGAUCGUGACCUCCUUUGAUAUCUUCAGCGUGCUGACUUCUUCUGUUAAAAAACUCAGGGCAGAGUGUAAGAAAGCUAGUAAAGGAUGGCUUCAUUAUUCGUAAGCCGGCGAAGAUCCACUCUCGGUCUCACGCACGACGAGCAUUGGAGGCCCGGCGGAAAGGGCGCCACUCCGGAUAUGGUGUGUGCGAACAGGUGUUGCCAUAAUUCGAACUAAAUAGCGUUUUAUCUUAUCUCCAUCCAAAUUAUUCAGGAAAGCGCAAGGGUACCCGUGAGGCAAGGCUUCCCACGAAGGUUCUCUGGAUGAGAAGGAUGCGCGUCCUUAGGCGUUUACUGCGAAAGUACAGGGAAUCGAGGAAGAUUGACCAGCAUAUGUAUCACGAUGCGUAUAUGAAAGUGAAGGGUAAUGUGUUCAAGAACAAGAGGGUUCUGAUGGAGAGCAUUCACAGAUCAAAGGCUGAGAAAAUCAGAGAGCAGACUCUGUCCGAUCAGUCUGAAGCUAAACGGGCGAAGGGCAAAGAUACCAGGGAACGGAAGAUUGCUGGGAAACAGGAACGCUAUGCCCUGGUGAGGCAAACCUCAUCUGUGUGGCACCAAUUCCCUUAAGUUCCAUUUCCAUCGUUGGCGAAAAUAGACCUCCUGGGAAUCACAGUUCUCAAUAAACUUUCCAGAAUAGUGACGCAUACUCCAUUGAUUCAUUCUCCACCCCUUGAACCUCGGGAGCUUUGGCUAUUUGAGGAUCGAAUUCAUCAUUGCUGACUCCCACAUCUCUUUUUUUCUGCAUACAAACUUAAAAACGAAACGUUUCAAAUGGAAUUUUCAACCGCUUCUGUGAUUAAAAAAUAAAUUCCUUGGAGCGAAACUGUAUUAGGAGAUGUAAUUUUUCUAUGCACAAGAUAUAUUAGUUGAGCUUGGCAGCUUUGAACAUUUCUUCGUCAUUCUGAUUCGGCAAUUGUUUCUACUCUGCAAACAGAUUCCAGGACAACACCUACCGUUGCCUGCAGCGAAUAUAUCCAACCAACCAAGUAAAUGACUCCCUUGUCUUGCGGUUCUUUUUCUCGAAGAACUUAUACCUGAUUUAAAAUAUUUUUUGCAGGCCCACUAGAAUUUGAAGGACUUAAGUUCUUGAGUGCGAGGUCUGAAAAUAGUCAACGUUUCUAAGUGUCACCUCGGCUUGUACUUUGUAAUCAGCUGCUACAAUAAAUGCUUGCUAUAGUCAGAUUUGUAUAGGUAUAUCCAUCUCGUGCGGAUGUGUUUUUCAUGUAACGGUAAUAAUAUAGCCGUCCGCAUGAGCAAGCCUUACGUCCAUUCUAAUUUUUUUGUAUAAUUUAGUCAAUAAUUCCUCAGGUACAAAGGUUGAAGUCCAGUACUCCUUCGGCUAUGCAAUCAAUGCUAGACACAUUUUUUUCUUCCUCUGCAAUAUUUAUCAAUGCAGUUUAUUUUUCAAUUAAGCCGGCAAUCUUUCAGGAAGAAAAAUUGAGAAAAAAGGGCGCCAGCUGAGGACUAGCUGAGGAACCCAGAAGGGAAUCCUCAGUGGCUUGUUGGGCACUGGUAGCACUUGUCGAAGAACCCGAAUGAGCGGAUUUGCCUGAGGAAGGUCGUCCCACUCGCCCAUCCUCCGAACCCAAAGCCGAGGAUGAAGACCCAGACCGCUAUGAAAGCACUGAUCCAGAAGCUCGACCGCCCUCUUCUUGGGUCUGCCUUCAUCUGCGCCAUCCCUCAUCAGAUAACCAGCAGACCACGCCAACCGAGACAUAACCCAGUAAGACUAUUCACAGGAUCACUUACCGACUCCAGCUGAUUUUUCUUGUAGGCUCUCAUGAAGGCCACGCAGGGGAUAAUGUACACGGAGAAGGAGAUCAGGAAGGCCCCCAUGAUAGAGUUGAUGGGCCCGAAGAAGGGAAUGGCCAGCGCCAGGAACCAGAUGAAGAGGACCACGGGAAUUCUAGCGGCCGCCUUGAGCAGAAACACCCCGCUGUAG